AUGGAAUCCUUCUGCACCGUCUACCAGGCGGAACUGCUGGCCCUUCACGGAGCCACGGAGGAAGCGGUCAAAAGUGGGAGGGAAAUUUGCGGCGUCCUGAGCGACUCGAGGGCGGCGCUGGACACCGGCUUCGCCAUAAAGGCUAUUCGCGGAUUCCGUACCAUCUCUGGCACUGCGGCAAUAGCGCUUGCCGCCUUUACACCACUACACAUCAAAAUAAACGAGGUGGCAUCUGUCGAAACCGCCAAACUCACCGCGCGAGCCACGCAUCUACCCGAAGAUAUCACUCUCGAGCGACCCUCGGCACCACAUGAGCUGCUGCACCAUCGGAAAGGGUCCACCUGGACAUACCUAGUGCAACUACACAACAGGACACGACCCAGUUCUACACCCCGGGUGACCACCAGGAUAUACACUGACGGUAGUAAGCAGGAUGGUCGGGUGGGCGCCGCCUUAGUCAUAUACUCUCCGAAUAACGACACGAAGGUUAAGAAAUAUAAACUUCACGACACCUGCUCUGUAUACCAGGCGGAACUGCUGGCUAUCGCUGAAGCCUGCAGCUGGAUAGACCAACAUCACAUACCUGACACAACAAUCUUCACUGACUCCAUGAGCGCCACCCAGGAAAUAUCUAACCCCAACAGCACCAACCCUUUCGUGGUUCAUAUCCACAAAAUGUACCGUCAAGCCAUCAAACACAGUAGGAAAAUCACUUUUGUGUGGGUCAAAGCCCACGUAGGCAUUGAUGGCAAUGAAGCGGCGGAUGUCGCUGCGAAAGCGGCAACCCACUCACAUGCAGCCUACAAACAUACACAAUUCCCUAUAAGCCUUAUACGGUACAUGGCCAAACAGAACAGUCGCCUCGAAAGCGACAUAACAUAUGCAACUGGGGAAAAGGGCCAGUAUACACGAAACCUACUACCGAACACUGACGCUAUCAACAAGCUGCGCGCGGCCAUUGAGAUUGAUUUCCCGUGGACCCAAGUCCUCACUGGCCACGG